GUCGUCGUUUUUAUGCAAAUCGCCUCGACGCGGUCCAACAAUAAAGCGGCGCAGCAGGUAAACUCGUUCCACAUGGCCGGUGGGAAGAGCGCUGUACCACCGUACCGUCCCGUACUUCUGUCCUGUGCAACAAAAGAAAGUAACUUAAAGCCCGACGGGAAAGGAAUAAACUGAGACGACGGAGACAAAUAACGAACCAUUGUAUUGACUUCAUAAAGAUCAAACAGCUGUUCCAACCUGUAACUAAAGUUGGUUUACUUCUCCCACGAGUUAAAAGGCCAGUUGUGAGGGGUUUUCUAUGCAAAAUGUGGAGCGGCUAACAACUAGUUGCUAUUUGCUAAGUAUAAGCUAGUUUGUAAGGUUUGUCAUCACAGUGACACAAAGGAAAUAGCCAGAAAACAGACACAAAGUGCUACCGGCAGGCUAAAUGGAUCGCCGGUUGUUCUGCUGCGAGGGGGACAGGCCGGCCAUCCGGAGGGCCUACCGGGACUCCAACCUGUUGAACGACCGGGUCCUGCACGCGUUGUUGCGGGCAGAGGACAAGUACCUCCCCGCGUCCAACUACUUCAAAUGCGUCCAGAGAGAAAUAGCUCCGUACAUGAGGAGAAUAGUGGCUACCUGGAUGUUGGAGGUGUGCGAGGAGCAGAGGUGCGAGGAGGAGGUCUUCCCCCUGGCCAUGAACUACAUGGACCGCUUCCUGUCCGUGGAGCCCACCAAGAAGAGCCACCUGCAGAUACUGGGAGCCGCCUGCAUGUUCCUGGCGUCCAAGCUAAAGGAGACGAUCCCGCUCACCGCAGAGAAGCUCUGCAUCUACACGGACAACUCCGUCGCACCCGCCCAGCUGCUGCAAAUGGAGCUGCUGGUUUUGAAAAAGCUGAAGUGGGACCUGGCCUCGGUGACCCCCCUCGACUUCAUCGACCACUUUCUGUCCCAGCUGCCUGUCAGGGAAGAGAACAGGCCCAUACUCAGGAAGCACGCUCAGACCUUCGUGGCUCUUUGUGCCACAGAUGUGAAAUUUAUCGCCAGCCCUCCGUCCAUGGUAGCAGCAGGUAGCAUGGCGGCAGCAGUGGAGGGCCUGCAGACCAGAAUGGCGGAUAAUGCCGUGAUGUCUCAGAAACUGACGGAGCAGCUGGCGCAGACCAUCCGAAGCGACCCGGACUGUCUCCGAGCGUGUCAGGAACAAAUCGAGUCGCUACUGGAAACCAGUCUCCGACAGGCACAACAGCCGCAACACCGGGUUUUCAUUUCAAGUAAGGGCAUCUGCGAGGGGCAGGACCUCUCAACUACACCCACAGAUGUCCGGGAUGUCAACCUCUGAUUGAGUGCAGAAGGUUGUACGGACAAAUUUGGUGGGUGGUCUGUUGACAAUUAAACACACGUGGCUGUGUUUUUUUACACGGUGUGCUGCGUAAUUUGGAGCGCUCGCAUGUAGCUGGACUCAGCAGUAUCAGAAACUGUUCAUAUGAAGUCCAGGGUGGACUGUGGCAGGGACCAGAAGUAACCGGCGAGUCCACGACAUUGACAACCUUAAGACUGGCAUUCAGCCGACACAGAAGACUGGCUGAAAGAGUAAUAGUCUGUUAAGUGUGGCCUCCUACCCGUGGGUAACGGGUAAGAACCAACUAGGGUUGUUUUUCGGGGGCCUAGAAGACCUGUCUGAACCCACGCCACUGAGAAUGAAGCUACUUGGUGUGUUUCAACGUUCUUGGCCAAUAUUUAUCAAAGAACUGCACGUAUAAAUGUAAAAUUACUCAUUUGCUAAAGUGGAGAUUUAUCAAGUGACCCAUUUUUACUGAAGUGUUUGAGCACGCUUAAAGAGCAUCACAUUAAAUGGAAACAAAAUGUGGUGUAACAUCCAUUUAAAUGUGCAUUUGGACAUAACAGAUUAAUGAAUAGCAGCUGUUUAAGACUAUUUAUGUUUUCCCUUGCAUGACAUGUUAAACCUAUACUGUAUUCUACAGUUAUCUUUUUGUCGUAUAAGAGUUGUGCCCUUAGCUGAUCUAAGAGACCUUUUUUGAUUUAAGCAUUAAAUCAUAAUCUGAAAUAAUAGCUUGUAUUCCUAAAUGUUUCAUUGAUCUUUUACUUUUAGCAGUUUGAUACUACAUGUAAAGAAAUGAGUCGAUUAACCAUCCUGUAAUGGAAAACCAAAUGGUAAAAAAGAACACAAUGACAAAAAAUAACUGCAAGAUUUUUUACAGUAUGAACUGUAAUGUUAUGCUUCGGGACAUGAUGGGCAACAGGCAAAAAAAAGAUCAAUGGUAUCCACAUAACAUCAUCUGGCACAAAAGUGAAAGGUUUUUGUAAAUUGCCAAAGUGAAACUGAACUGUUCUAAUGGGAUGCAAUGUACUGCAAAUGUUACACCACUAGAGGGCAGUCGGGUAUUUGGGAUGCAGUAGCCACCAAACGGCUUUCUCAGUUGUUUCUUUUUUUUUUUGGGUUGACAAUGGAUCAAAUGAGCAUCCAACUACAAUAUUGACUGAUCAAGAGCCAGGACCUCUGACAUGAAUAACCAUUGGGCUCCUGUCAACACGUCACGUUACGUUCACUUUUCCACCUCGAGGAAAAAGUAGAAAAACGCAAUGCUAUUUCCUAUCUUUAUCAGUGUGUUUUUGUCUCUGGUUAAAAAAAAAAAAAACAUACUUUAAACCAAUUU